AUGGCAAAGCAGUACGACUUGGUUGAGUGCCCCUUUUGUGAUGAAGUUACCAAAUAUGAGAAGCUUGCCAAGAUCAGCCCUCCCUUCGGGGAGGUGUUUAAGGCCAAGCGCCGCAAGACCAGCCUGAAGGUGGCUCUGACGAAGGUGCUGAUGGCAAAUGAGAAAGAGGGGUUCCCCAUUACAGCCUUGCGGGAGAUCAAGAUCCUUCGGCUUCUAAAACACGAGAAUGUGGUCAGCUUGAUUGAGAUUUGUCGAAGCAAAGCUUCCCCUUAGAACCGCUGCAAGGGCACUAUAUACUUGGUGUUUGACUUCUGUGAGCGUGACCUUGCUGGGCUGUUGAGAAAUGUUUUGGUCAAGUUCACGCUGUCUGAGAUCAAGAGGGUGAUGCAGAUCCACAGGAACAAGAUCCUGCAUAGGGACAAGAAGGCUGCUAAUGUGCUUAUCACUCGUGAUGGGGUCCUGAAGCUGGCAGACUUUGGGCUGGCCCGGGCCUUCAGCCUUGCCAAGAAUAGCCAGCCCUACCGCUACACCAACUGUGUGGUGACACUCUGGUACCAGCCCCCGGAGCUGUUGCUCGGGGAGCAAGACUAUGGCCCCCCCAUUGACCUGUGGGGUGCUGGGUGCAUCAUAGCAGAGAUGUGGACCUGCAGCCCCAUCAUGCAGGGCAACACGGAGCAGCACCAGCUCGCCCUCAUCAGUCAGCUCUGCGGCUCCAUCACUCCUGAGAUGUGGCCAAACAUAGACAAGUAUGAGCUGUACGACAAGCUGGAGCUGGUCAAGGGCCAGAAGCGGAAGGUUAAGGACAGGCUGAAGGCCUACGUGCACGACCCAUAUGCACUGGACCUCAUCGACAAGCUGCUGGUGCUGGACCCUGCCCAGCGCAUUGACAGCGACAAUGCCCACCACAACUUCUUCUGGUCUGACCCCAUGCCGUCCAACCUCAAGGGCAUGCUCUCCACCAGCCUGACGUCCAUGUUUGAGUACCUGGCACCGCCGCGCCGGAAGGGCAGCCAGAUCACCCAGCAGUCCACCAACCAGAGCCGCAAUCCCGCCACCACCAACCAGAUGGAGUUCGAGCGCAUCUUCUGAGGGCUGGCGCUUGCCACUAGGGCUGUUGUAUUCUGCUCUGUGACUUGCAUCAUGGAGACGGUGAGGCAUUUGAGUUUCUGUCUCUCAUGCAUAUUUUAUUUAAUCCCCACCCUGGGCUCUGGGAGCAGCCUGUUGAGCGGACUGGAGUGGAGCAUUGGCUGAAAGGCCCGGAGGG